UUGCGCUCCCUCAGUUGCUGCGCAUAUAUAGCGGUGUCAGUGCUGUUAGUUUGUUUACACAUAUAAGCCAAGCAUAGCAGCGCAGGGAAGGGAAGAAAGAAAAGGGAUCAACCGAGCCUGAUCGGAGCCACACCUCGGUUUCUUGCCGUUCGGAUCGGAGCACCAUGGCCGAGGGCACGGCGAACUGCAUCGACAUCCUCAUCGCCAUCAUCCUCCCCCCGCUCGGUGUCUUCCUCAAGUUCGGCUGCAAGCUCGAGUUCUGGAUCUGCCUCCUGCUCACCUUCCUCGGCUACCUCCCGGGGAUCAUCUACGCGGUCUACGCCAUCACCAAAUAGUAGUGUCGAACAAGACAACAACAGUUAAGCCCGGAGGUGAUGAGAUGCUCGGGUUCUUCCUGCAACCAGAUAGGACGAUGUAUUCUGUACUGCAGUAGUGCAGUCUGCAGUCUCUUAUGCUGCUGAACACCUGUUCGUGUUGUGCAAUGUUUCAUCUGAAACCGUAGCAAACCGAUGUACGACAAACUCCGAUCCAUCUUGUAUUCUUGUUGUUCAGCUGAAAUUGCAGUAUGAUUCUGCGAGAC